AUGGAGGAUAUAGAAUUACUUCCGCCGGGAGUCGAAGAACCUCCCGAGGUAGGUAUUCAUUGUUUUUCUUAUAAAUUUAGAUUCAACUUAUUGAUUUCCUCCUAGGGAGACAUCGAAGAACUUGAAGAAAAGCUAGAAGUGAAAGAAGCGGAAGAAGUGAAUAAUGCCGAAGUUCCCGAAGCAGAAGACGUAGAAGAUGAGGAAGAAAAGACUCCAUCAGAAGGUGGAUUUGAUGAAAAAUCUUGAAAAUGGCGAAAAUAUAUAGAUAAUCCGUUUGCGGAUGAUGAUUCUGACGAGGAAGAUGGAGGUGUCCAGGUCACUAUCAGGAAAAUUGAUCAGUCACAAUUCACGGUGAGAAAUAAAAUUUAUUAAAAUGGUUGAAUUAAUUUAUUUUACGAAAUUUCUUCUGUUUUUUUUUUUUUGAAGCGUCGGUUUCUCUUGCACUAACUGUCUACUCGAUUAUGCAACAAAAUUUCAAUCAGCUUUAAAUUUAUUUCUCAAAUUUAUUAGUUUCACAGCUUUCAACUGUACAAACUUUCCAGAAAGCAUCAACAAGUGGAAAGUUGGAUAUCGAUACAACUCCACUGAUCAAUGAAAAGCCGAUUUAUGACAUUGAUUUGGCUCAAAUGGACGACCGGCCGUGGCGGAAACCCGGUGCCGAUGUUACGGAUUAUUUUAAUUAUGGUUUCACUGAAGGUUAGUUUUUAAGAAAAUUAAGAAAAACUUGUUCUUUUUCCAAAAUAUUUUUCGAUACCCUGUACCUUACACGAAUUUCUUUCUGACUCUUUUUUUCUAAAUGUUAAAUUUAGAAAUAUUCUAACUUGAUUGAAAUUUGUCAAGUACUUACUGAAUUUUUUUAAGGUUAUGCGAAUCUUGUUCAUUUUCAAUAACCCAAAAGGGUUUUUUAGCAUUACUUUUAGUGUUUUAUCUAGCUAAACCUUUCAAUUUCUUCACUUGUUCGUGUAUUCACAAAGCAAUAGGUGCCUUCCCAACUAUUGCAAAUUUAUAACGAAACAUGUUAAUUUUUUGUUUCAGAUUCGUGGAACACUUACUGCGAGAGACAAAAGAAGCUGCGCAUGGAGUUUUCGAACAACCAGGCUGCGGCCAACAAGGCUCUCUUUUCGAAUAUUCAGCUCUCCAAUCCCCUUGUCAUGCCCCUUAUCUCCUCAAGUUUGAAGAAAGUCAUUCCGAAUGACUGACUUUGGUUUUCUAGACACGAAUAUGGGAGCCGUGAAGGUUCUCACGGAUAAUGGCGGCCGAUUCAAGCCUCAUCAGUACGUCAGCCGCACGACAAACGACACAAAUACUGUCAUGAGGACGGUUAUCGCGCCGAAACCCAUCGUCCCACCUAAUAAUGAUCCUUAUGUAAUUAUUUUAUUCUCCGCAGCACUUUUUAAUCCUGAAAAAUUUACUUUUUUUUUCUGAACUUUUUUAAGUAAAUACCUUGAUUAAUUUGAGGAACGAAGAAGUUUUCAAACGUAAUGCAGAGAAAAACCUUUGUGAUAUGGUUGUUUUGUGAAAAAACCAACUUUUCGGGAAAAUUCUAAAGUUUUUAUCCUCAUUUUUUAAUGAAAUCGAAUCGUUAUUAGGAAGGAAAUUGUUAGGUACAUAAGUAAAAUUUACUAAGACAAAAAAAGUUUUUUUAGCCUGAACUUGAAUCCUGAAUCUCUUGAGAAUAAAUAAUAAAAUAAACUAUAUAUUUAAGAACUUCUAUUUUUUGCAAAAAUGAUGUUUGAAGAUUCCACCGGCGACGCCUACAGCGACAGUCAUCGACUUUUCGAAGCCGCCCCCGGGAAUGAUGAGCGGACCGCCGCCGCCAAUAGUUCCUACCACGAAUUCUGUGCCUUUGAUGGGCGCUCCGAUCGUUCAGUCAGGUAACAUUUAGAAAAAAAGACAGUAGAGAAUAUUAGUUUUGAAAGUGUUUUUUUAAAUAUAUCGAAUAUCGGCAAAAGAAAUCAUUUCCGGCUUGUAUUCCAAAAAUAAUCGGUGAUGAGUUGUGAUUUAUAAAAAAACUUAUAGAAUAAUCAUUCCAAAGGGACUAAAAAAAGUUUUUAAGAGCUGAAAAAAAUAAAUUUUGGAAGAAGUGGUCACCUUUUCCGACCUCGCUUGGAGAUGUGGUUUUCUUCGGUUUCAGUGUUUUUCUUUGUCCUGAGAUAAAGAAGAUGACGUACUCCUGAUCUUAAUUUAUUUUGUUCCAAAACAGUUUUAGAAGCACCUCCCGGAAUAGAUGCUCCGCCGCCAGGAGUUUCCAUGGAACGACCGCCAGGUGUCGUGUCCCCGCCCACUACGAUUUUGACGGCUCCGGGCCUCGAUUUGAACCUGGGAGUUCCGCCACCUGGGUACCAAUAGAACCAAAAUUCAAUAAUUGUUUUCCAUUUUAGUUUCAAUCCGUCUUUGCCGCCCCCAGGCAUUGGCGGGAUGAGAGGGCCGCCGCCGAUGGGACUUCCGCCGACGAAUCUCCCUCCUCCAGGCUUCAACAUGAUGCCGCCGCCGUUCCCAGGCGCUCAGAGAUUUCCGCCUGGAGCUGCACCGCCAGGUAUCGUUAUCAUAGUAUUCUCAGCCUAUGAUUUUUAAAAACUUUUACCUCACACAUUAUCAAGGUCUCAGGCCUUAAUGGUCGCUAUUUUCAGAAAACAUUUUUUUAGUCUUUUUUCGUGUCUUCUGUCAAAGUCAUUUUUCUAACUAGGAGAAUUCAUUUUCAAAGUUACGAGUUUCAUUCUUGUUGGAAAAUGAAGUAAAUAUAUCUUCCUUUAGUUUGAAACAUUCAAUUCUUGAUAGCUGAACAAUCACGGUUACAGGUGCAAAUCGGCCUGUGCCGCUGAUGGGCCGCGAAUUCGAAGUUCGUGAUUCACGAAGGGAAUCUGGGGAUUAUGAAGAGUGGGAAUUUGGAACGUCGUCUUUCUCAUAAAGAGGUCAUUCAGAGACGAGGACCGACGUCGUCAUCGGAAAAGGUCGUCUAGGUCGCGGAGUCCGUCAAGACGCGACCGCGACAGUGGAAGCAGGUAAAAAUGAUAGGAGUUAGGGAAAAAUAUAAAUGAUCUCAUCGACAUAACCAUUUCUGCGCCCGCUCGUUUAUACUUCAAACAAAAAUACUCCGCAUUUUUCGGAUUUUACGUCGGAUGAUAAAAAUUUAAUAGAAGACGCACGGACCGGGACCGCGAACGAAGCGACCGAACACGAAGGCAUCGCAGCAGAAGCUCUUCUGCUGAUGGUAUAACUGUAUAAUAGGAACAUCGCAAAUAUUCGAGUUCAGGGCGACGACGACAUCGCGAAAGAGAAGAACGCGACAAAGAGAAGAGAAGAGAACGUCGAGAUGAUGACGAUCGCAAGAAAAGGUUCGGAUCAGCUUUGUUCUUGACUGAAGAGAGAUUCAGAAGACGUGAUGACGAGGAAAGGGACGAUCGUCGCGACAAGGACCGCAAAGAGAAAAGGUUCGAUACCGAAUAUCCGGUCUUUGUUCAGUCUUAUCUUUCAGAUCUCGCAGGGACUCCGAAGAGGGAGUUUCUGACCAGAAUGAUGAGUAA